GCUUUGAGUUCAUGAGAUUGUUGUUUUUCGGUUUCUUUGCUGCUUGAAUCAAGUGUCGACGUUAACUGAGAAGAAGAAUUUAAUGUUUGAUGAGCAUUUUUGGGAUUAUUGGCGUUGUUGUUCUCUGAUUCCUUUUUCUCCGCUGUGAAACCCAUAGUCACGCACCAAACCCUAAUCCCAUUUUUCCAUCUUCCCAAACCCUAAUCCCUAAUUGCACAUUGCUUCAGAGAUAAUUUAACGUACUUUUAUUUAUGUUUAUAUUCAAUUUUGUUUUACUGGGAUAAAAAACCUCACUAUCUUCCAAUCUCAGUGUUUCACGGUUGUCGUAAACCAAGAUCAUCGUCGCCCCGUACGCCUCCGCUCUCUCCGCUACUGCGCCGCGCCCCAUAUCUCCGCCCUUCCCGCACUCAAAACAAACAAACAAUUUAAAAAUACCUUGCAGGGAGGGGCGAAAAAUCCCUCCGGGGGCUCCGAUGGGUUGAAGUCCAUGUCUUCUAAUGGGUUGACGUUGUCAAAGAAGAAUGUGUCGAUGUCAUAGGAGGGUUUGCAUUUGGCGUAGAUGAUGGAGGGGUGGUGUUAGGGUUUGGCGAAGAGGAGGGAGAUGGUGUGCAGCGGCGAAGGGAGGAGAGAAUAGCGAAAGAGGGAAAAACCGAGAAGGCCACUUAGUAAUAAACUGUAAAGCUAAUUCAGUUUCGCCAAAACAAACGAUUCGUUGUUUCUGCUUCUUCAGCUCCAUCACUGAGCGGUUCAGGAGCUGAAUAUUCCGAGCAGUUGGUGGAUGUGGGAGCAGAAAAGAAAAAGAAAAUGAUUGCAGGCAUAGAUCAGGGGGAAUUAGUGGAUCCAAAGCUUUUAGCUGAUCCAGACAGUUGUUUUUGUGAGUUCAAUGGAGUGCAUAUACACCACAAGAUAUGUGAUGCUGAAUCCCAACCACAAAGCAUGCUCCAGAGUCACACUGUUUCUCAUCAAAUCAAGAAGCUAGGUUAUCCAAUGAUCCUGUUACAUGGGUUUGGAGCUUCAGUUUUUUCAUGGAAACCAGUUAUGAAGCCUUUGGCAGAGGUUGCUGGUUCAAAAGUUCUUGCUUUUGAUAGGCCAGCCUUUGGAUUGACAUCAAGGGUAAAUUUGUCUAAGCAUCCUUCUUCAGAAACGGAAGACACAAAACCUCUGAAUGCAUACUCAAUGGCAUUUUCCGUGCUUGCUACCCUGCAUUUCAUUAAAUUGCUAAAUGCUGAGAAAGUGAUUUUAAUGGGGCACUCAGCUGGUUCACUUGUAGCAGUUAAUACAUAUUUUGAAGCUCCUGAGCGUGUUGCUGCUCUGAUACUAGUUGCCCCAGCAAUAUUUGCUCCACUUACUGCACCAAAAAUUGUAAAAGAAAAUCAAUCAAGGAAUGAUAACCAAAGGAAAGAAGACAGUUCAAUCACAAAAAAUCCAAUUUUGGUACUUUACGAGAUGCUGUCCAAGAUUACCAAGUAUAUUGCAGAAGCAAUAACACAAAUGAUGAAGUGGACAGUAGAUAUUCUCAACUCGUUGUAUAGGAAAUUUUUAUCAGCUAUCCUUCGUUCUUCCCUAGCAAUAAUGCUGGUAAGAAUGGCAAUUGAUAAGUUUGGUACUGCUGCUGUUCGAAGUGCAUGGUAUGACCCAAAGCAGGUCUCUGAGCAUGUACUUGGUGGUUAUACAAGGCCUUUAAGGACUAAGGAUUGGGAUAGGGCAUUGGUGGAAUACACUGCAGCAAUGCUUCUAGAUGAGGAAUAUAAAACAAAGACACCACUUUCUAAAAGACUUCACGAAAUAUCAUGUCCUGUUCUGAUUGUAACUGGCGAUACUGACCGACUAGUCCCUUCGUGGAAUGCUGAGAGACUUUCACGAGUCAUACCAGGAGCAUCAUUCAAAUUAAUUAAGCAAUGUGGCCAUCUUCCCCAUGAAGAAAAAGUGGAGGAAUUCAUUUCAAUUGUUGAAAACUUCCUAAGAAAUUUAGUCAGUGAUUCAAACGAACAAUGUCUACAACAAGCAAUUUGAAAUUCCUACUACUCAAGCAUCCCAAUUUUUUUCUGCAUAGAAGAUUGAUAUUGUAUAGGCUGGUGCAAAUGCAGUUUGAUCAGAUUGACAAAGAUUCACUGAAGGCAUAUUGAUGCACACUCAUUAAAUUUAUCAAACGCAAUGUUGUUAUAUUACCGGUAGAUUGCUAUAGUGCAAAUCCUCCCUAUGUUUACCAGCCAGAAUGAAUGAUCUGUGUCUCCGUUCAAAUUAUUGGCUAUUCAACCCUAGCAUAAAUGUCUCGGGGAUGUAAAAGGACAUACGAUUAACAAGUGGUAUUUAAUUUAUGUA